AUGUCGAACUCCUCUCUGCUUAUCGUUUUAUCAAUCAUCUUUUUCGCUUCAGUGAUAUUGGCAAAGAUUGAUAUUCAUCAGGAUGGUUGGGGAUGGUGUACCAACAUCGAAUGUAACAAAUUCUGUGAAGAUCAAAAAUACAAUUUUGGAACUUGCGAAUGGUACUUGCUGGUUCGGUCAAAGUGUCUUUGUACCAAUAUCGACAUCUGA